AUGUCCCAGGGUCGAAAGAUUCCACAUUGCAUGCAAGAGCAACACCAUGCCCUCAGUGAACCCCAGGGCCUGGAGGCUGCACAGGUCUCCAAGGCUCUGGAGGAGACCUCUUCCUGCUCCUCCCAUCCUCUAAUGCCUGGCAAUUUGAAGGAGGCUCUGGCUGCUGGGGCACCCAGUACUCCCCACAGUCUUCAGAGUGCCUACUCAUCUUACACUGUCACAACCAUCUCAUCAAGCAAAUCAGAUAAGUGCUUCAGCAGCCAGGAAAAGGAGACUGGGUCAGCUUCUUCAAAGUCCCUGUCAGAAACUGAGGGCUUGCCCACAGACCCUCUAGAUGAGAAGGUGACUUUGUUGGUGCAGUUCCUGCUGCAAAAGUAUCAAAUGAAAGAUCUGAUCACAAAGGCAGACAUGAUUGGUGAUGUUAUCAAAGAGUACAAGGAUGACUUCCUUGAGAUCCUUAGGAGAGCCUCUGAGUGCUUAGGGCUGGUCUUUGGUAUUGAUGUGAAGGAAGUGGAUCCCACCAGCCACAGCUAUGCCCUCGUCAACAAACUAGGCCUCACCUAUGAUGCGAGGCUCAGUGGUGAUGAGGGCAUGCCCAAGACCGGCCUCCUGAUAAUUAUCCUGGGUGUGAUUUUCAUGAAGGGCAAUCGUGCCACUGAGGAGGAGAUCUGGAAAGUGUUGAAUAUGAUGGACUUAUAUUCUGGGAGGGAGCAUUUUAUCUUUGGGGAGCCCAGGAAGCUUAUCACCAAAGAUUUAGUGGGAGAAAAGUACUUGGAGUACCGCCAGGUACCCAAUAGCAAUCCUCCACGCUAUGAAUUCCUGUGGGGUCCAAGAGCCCAUGCUGAAGCCAGCAAAAUGAAAUUGCUAGAGUUUUUGACCAAGAUCCAUGAAUCUGACCCUGCUUGCUUCCCAUCCCAGUAUGAGGAGGCUUUGAGAGAUGAAGCAGAGAGAGCCUGA